AUGUUUCUCGUACACACCGUGUCUACAGGUGGAGAGAAACAUAUAAGUCUCGGAUUGACUAGUUCCAUUCGAAUCUGUCCUCGACCAAACACAAAUCCAUCAGCAACGACCAUCAUGACGCGAACACUCUUGACCACCCUCCUCGUCGCAGCGACAGCCACGCUGACGCUCGCCCAAAACAAACCCGACUUUGCCAUCAACGCGCUCCCCGACAAAUGGGAGGCCAACCAAUCUGGAUCCAACCAGUGCACCAAAUGGGGCGCCUCCUCCUCCAAGUCCCUCUGUCAAAACGUCUUCAUCAACAACGCCAACGAUUUUUGCCUUUGGGGACCAAUCAAUCCGAACUCGCAGAUCGGAGCCAGUGAGGAAUCGGUCGUUUCCUACUGUCUCAAAUCCGGCUACGGCACUCGAUUGAUUCCGAAUGGAGCGAUCCAAGGUGUUCAAUUCCUCAAGACACCCAACUUCCUUCAGGUCACAGGGGUGGGUGAUUUCACGGGCAUGAACAUUCAACGCGGCGAUGCUGGUGGAGAGCUUGACCCUCACGGUGCCGAUGGCACAGGUAAUCCCAAGGGCGGUCUCGUGUACAGCAACAACGUCCCCGGCAAAGAGGGCCAGUGGACGCAGAUCAAGGAGUGGAACAACUUUAUGAGCGCAUACGAGUUCUCCUUCCGCGCAGCGUACGGUCCCCAAGCCCCUCAGUAUGCUCCGCACGUGUACGAUGUCAUGGGUGCCUACUACAACACCAACGGCGGAAGGUUCGACAAGGGCGUCUUCGAAGACUGCCAGGGCGAUAGCGGGGAUUUCGUAGGUGUGUAUGGUACGAGCACGUUUAGGCAGGGCGAUAAGAAGACCCCCGCUGCUCACAAGCCUGCAAAGAGCAGCCAGUGCAAGGAGUACAAGACCGUCAGCAACGGUCCGGCUCCGCAGAAGGCGUACAGGAGAAGCAUUGCCAAGCCGAUCAGGUAG